AAAAAAAAUCACGGAAGAGAUUCGGGCAGCGGUUCGAGUCUGACAAGUUUUUUUUUUUUUUUUUUUUGACGUAGGGAAGAAAAGGGAAAAGGAAAAAAAAAAGACUUUACUGAAACUCCUGCGAACUGUCAAUCCGUGCAGUCCUCAUUUUAGGAGCGAGAGCAAAGAUGGAGGCAGCAAUCAAAACAGUAGUGGGUGUGUACCUGAAGUCAGCAAAGGGCAAGGAGAACCUUGGAGCAAAGGAGUUCCAGAACCUUGUGAAGAACAACCUAAAAAACAUUCUGACGGGCACAGAGAACAAUGACGCAAUAAAAGGCAUGCGUCAAGAACUUGACAACAACCAGGAUGGGAAGGUCAGCUUCCAGGAAUAUAUGAAGCUGAUUGGCUAUCUGGCACAGGCUGUCAGCGACCAGCGUUGUUCGGAUCAGGAAGAACAAGCAGCAAGUUCAUCUCAGGAGGCACAAGCUGAAGCAGCUGCAGCGGCUGUGAAGGCAGAACCACAACAGGCAGAGCCAGCAAAGGAUGAGGAGAAAAAAGAGGAGGCAGUGGCUGAAGAGGCGGUGGCCGAGAAGGCAGUGACUGAAGAGCAGAAGCCAAAAGAAGAGAACAAAAUAAACAUGGAGCAAGAAGGAGCUAAAGUUGAAGAGAAGAAUAAAACGGAGGAAGCUUCAUAGGAGCUUGAGAAAGUUGAGAUUUUCAGAUCUCUGUUUGUUUUACUUUUGUUGUUUUUUUAUUAUUGUGCUAUUAUAAUACAUACAUACAUACAUACAUACAGUGGCCCCAAAAUGUAUUUGGACACUUUUGGACUUUUAAGUCACACUUAAAAAUUAUUCUAAUUUCAGUCAUGAAACUCUACAUGGCGCAGGCUGAUAGGUCCUUAAAACAUGUUUCCUGUUAGCCAAUUGGCUCGCAUACUCUAUGGCCCAAGCUGAUAGGUCCUUUGACAUGCAAUCUGUAAGAUAAUCAACUUGCGUAAUCUCUCUCUGUCUGGCAUUUAAAUACCUCAGAUGUUUGCAUGCAAGCUGGUUUCACUGCAGCACACUACAAAAAUGUUCUCUCUGAAACCCUCCUCCACCCCAUCUUUAGAUCAGCUUCACAGUAGCAUCAGCAGUAGCGUAAACAGAUCUAGUCCGCCAAGACCAAACCUAAAAACUUGUCAUAUCCGUUAUAACACCUUCAGUUUAUUCAGAGUGUUGUCAUAGCUGAAACACAUGAAUUUAUUUGCACUGACAACAAAAUAUUAAACCAUUUGCAAACAUGCUCGACCUUUUCUCAGAACUAGCUUCACUUUUCUGAGCCAUUUUUGCAAUUCCUUUUAAAUGGAUAGCUCACCCAAAAUUGAAACGUCUGUUAUCAUUUACUCACUCUCAUGCAGUUCUAAACCUGUAUGACUUUCUUCCCCGGAAGACAAAAGAAAGCCUCAGUUACCAGUUACUUUUCACAUCUUCACUUUUUUUUCCCUUACGAUGAAAAGUUAAUGUGUCAAAAAUAAUUUUUAUCUUAAUUUAAAACAAUGUUUUGCUUGAAUAGUGUGUUUGUGCUGUAUUUCUUUAAAAUAAAUGCCAGCUGAGUUUAAUAGUUUCUUAUAUAAAGCAAAAAAAUUAAUACAUUUUUAAAUGUGACUUAAGUAUCCAAAUACUUUUUGAGGCCAAUGCAUUUAAGAAACCCGGCCAAUACACUACACAUUUUAUUAAGGCACAAAGGCAUAGGCCCUUUUGUUAAUUGCUGAUUUUACAACAAUUCAUGUCUGUGAUUAAUUUUCUAAUGAUCGUGAGUGAUAGAAUUUUGCCAAUGUAUUGUGAUGAAAAUGUGACCAAUGGGCAAAGGGGUGCAAUAAUGAAAGUCUAUAUCCUUUAUUUGAGCCUGAGUUGUUUUAAGGGUACUGCAACCACUGUGUCCCCACUCCAAUAUUUCAGUAAACAGCCGUAAAUGAAGAAUAGAGAAACUUUUUGAGGCAUAAAUGUAAAAACAUUAAAUAAAAAAACAACAAUAAACCCAUAUAUUUUAACUCUGUCUUACCCACGUGUCGUUUGAAACCUAAAAGACUUUCUUACUUCUGUGGAACACAAAAGGAGUCUAGGCUUCUCUUUUUCAUACUAUGAAUGUGAAUGGUCUUUCAUUUGCAUUAAAGAAUGGCUUUUAUUUUAGCCUGUUCCUUACAAGAAGCUAUAAUAUGUGGCUGCAAAUCUUCUCUUUUUGUGUUCCACAGUAGAAGAAAAAUGUCAUACGGGUCUGGAAUGACAUGAGAGUAAAUGUUAACAGAAUUUGCAUUUUUUUUGGGUGAAAUAUAACUUCAAGUGCUUUUCAGCCUCUAUGUUUACUUUUUGUUUGUGUGACUUCCUAAUGGCAGACUUAAUCAUCUGACUCCGGUGCUAGUCUUAAUUGUAGAAUAUAGCCUACUUUCUAGUAUCACAGAACUUAAAAAUUGCUAUAAGCCUCUGAUUGUUUUAUAAAAUGGCAUUCUGCAAGAUUUUAACACAUCUCACUAAUUGUCAGACUUGCGUUGUGGCACGCAUGGCAACACUGACUUAAGACCACGUCCUUUGUUGUUCACAUUUCUGCCAAAUUUGAGCAAGAAUAAACACAUUUUGUUUUAAAUAAUGUAGUUUUAUGGCAUGCUUUUACAUUCUAGCUAUGCAUUUGUAUCUAACUCUCCAUUAGCUUUCCUUUCUUUAUUUCAAUCUUUUUCAUGCUGUCCAUCUUACUGGUUAAUAUGGUCUUCUUACUGCUUGGUUUCAGAGCUGAAAUAUCAGGUGGUUAGUGUCCCUAUGAUGACCGAUAGUCAAUUAUUAAAAGUCUUUAGGAUGGAAUGCACACCAGGGACCCCGUGGCAGCCCUAAGUAGUCCCAAAGUAUCAUUUCACUAAUGCUGAAUAUCCUCUGAAAACUUUUAAUAUGUGGGACACUUCAAUAAUCACACAUUCAAACAGAUAUUGUCAACACAACCUUUUCCUGCAUGAUGUUUGCCUUAAUAUAUUUAGGUGUUUUUAAUUUCUUUGGUCAGUUCUUUCUUGUCUUGGUCUUUAAAGUCUAGACUUUUAUUUUGGCACUUAUUAAACAAUUGAUGUAUUUAUGUAGCUCAGUGAACCUUUCCUAAAUCUCCCGGGGACUAAAUUCAAAGAGAAUUCAUGUAGUUUCGUAUAUAUUUUGUGCUUUUAAACACAUUUUAUAUCAAUGCGCUAUGCAAUCAUUUCCAAACGGUGUGUAAGCAUAUUUCGACCUUAGACAAGGAUUUCAUUAGUAAUGAAUGAAAUGGAGAAUACUGAGAAAAGAGCAUCUCAAAGACCACUAAUAUAAUUUAUAUAUCAUUUUUAUGUAGCCACAGAUUUAUAUCAAGCAUAUUGGUGAUAUUACAGUUAUUGAUGUUGUAUUCCUUCAUGUAUCGACUAUUCUGUAAUACUUGUGCUACACAACCAUGUAACAAAGGCCUAAUGAGGAGCCUUUGUGUUCCCUGAAUUUUUCACUAAUUAUCAAUGAUUCAAUGAAUUUUGAUAUAGCAAUGUGGUAAAAGACAUGACAUUUUCAUAUGUGUCAUGAAAAGUGUAUAAAAGCCAUAAAAUGCAUUCUCUAAGACCAAAUAACACACUUCUGUGCCCCUUAUCAAACACUCCUUGUACUUUCACCAUUUAGCCAUUAUCUCUCUUGGGACUAGCAGUUUACCUAAUACAUUAUACACAGUACAUUAUGCAUUAUACAUAUACUGUAUGUAUAGCCCACAUCAGUGUGGAAUCUAACGCUGCGUAAAAUGCGCUCAUUCAGAUCAUGCUAAUGAGCUCUCGUUUAGCUCAUGCUAUCUAUAACCACCAUUGUUACCGCCUCGUUUGUUUUGGUGUGUCUGAGUCUACAAAAGUCAUGGAGCUUGCUCACACUUUAUUAGCUUUAUAACGUCAUUCACUCUGUGAAACAUGAUAUUAGCUGCAAUCCCACCUUAUGAACUUAGCAUACUGCCAACAUCCCUGAACAUUCUCCUGACUAGCAUAGACGUUGUUUAUAUACUGUAGAAAAUGCUAUUGCUAUCAAUCAGGAAAAACAUGCUAACAUGCACACUGCUAGUAUGCACAUUUGGGUAAUUGAUGUAGCCUAAAAUGUCCAUAUGUUUUUAUUUUAGCAACACUUUAGUUUAAAAGUUAUAUCAAUGAAUAAGGAAAAGUGUUUAUCAGAUCCUGUAACUGGUCACCAUUUAUUUGAAGUUUUUCACCUUUAAAAAAAAAAGAUUUUAGUCUUUUUUAAACCGCAUGCAUUUUAAAAUAAUUUAAAGUUGCUGUAAGUGAUUUUAGCCAUUCUACUUCCAUGAGACUGAGCGGUUGAAUUACCCACACCCCUCUUUCCAAAACCCAAAGAUACCAAAUUAGCUUUACUGAGACCAACAUCAUGCAGAAACGGUUAUUAAAAACAACAACAGCAAAAUAGCGCCCUCAACUGACAACUGUUAUGAGCAACAUGGCAUAAAAAUGGCUUUAAGCCUCAAUAAUUCGCUGUAACUAUACUAUGAGAACACACAAAAUGAUUGACAGGUCGAAAGCGUCAAAGACUACGGCCCGCAGACACAUUUUUGUUUGCUGUUUACAGAGUCUACAGCUGUCACAGAGAGCAGUGAGAUAUCUCAGGACACUUAUUUCAUUAAUAUCUUUCAGGGAGUAGGAAACUUUUUUGCAUACUUUUCCAUGAAGAAAAUCGCUUACAGCAUCUUUAAAGCUAUUUUUAUGUUUAAAAUAGUUUUAGAUGCAGUAGAGCAAGUUUACAUUACAUUUACAUUUAUGCAUUUUACAGACGCUUUUAUCCAAAGUGACUUACAGUGCAUUCAAGGUAUACAUUUUUAUCAGUUUGUGUGUUCCCAGGGAAGUUACCUCACAGGACAUGUCAACUUCGCAAAAAUAUGCCAUUUAAUGCCAGCUACCCAUAUUAAUAACUUUGACCUCCGAGUUGGGAAUUUGGGCGCACAAUGUUAUAAUUCAGUUCACAGUUCGAUUAAAAACAGAAACACAAGGUUUUGUCCAUUGAACAGCACUGGGUAACAUAAUACCUGCUCUGUCUGUUAAACGAAUGCAUGACCAUUUCAUUAAGUGUACAUAUCUAAAACGGCCACUCAAUGUAACCAACUGACCACAUACGCUGCCUUUAUUUCCUAUGCUGUACGAUUGACCAUCUGCAACUACUCAACAAUAAAAAACUGUAAUGCAAACUCCAA